UGGAGUACCGAAAGAAGGCAGAUGACGCCGAGCAGGCACGUCUGCUGGCAAUUAAACAGCAGCGCCAGCACGACGAGGCAGCAGCAAAGGCUGCUGAUGAAGAACGAGUUCAACGGCGGGAGAAGAUAUUUAGCGGAGAGCAAACUUUGCUCACAAUGGCAGCGGAUUGGCGGGCCGAGGCCGAGAAUGGCAAGAUGGAGGAUAGCGAAAACAAGAUCGCUCUACUCCUCUCCCAUCUCACGGACCUCCUGGCAACAUGCAUUACACAGCAGGAGGACAUCCACAGCCUCGACGACGCGCUGACUCAAGUCCACAGCCGCCUCCGACAGCUGGAGCAGCAACCUGUCGCCGGCCCCGAUGCCAGCUCUUCCAACACCUCCAAUCGCCUCGAAGCAUUGGAGAUGGACGUCGGCUCCCUCAAGGACGGCGUGCAGUUACAGAAGACCGCAAUGCAACAGUUGGAGCAGCGGAUCUGUACUACCGCCAACAACUCGAGUUCGGGACUGCGCGAGACAGCUCCAAAGUUUGACGGGCAAAAGAUCUUCUGCGACUCAACGAAGACAGAUUCGAUUCCAUGGUUCCGCAAGUUCGAGCUCACGCUGCAGCUACACUACGUCAAAGAACACAAGCACCACGGUGGCCUGCCCGUAGAAAGACAAGGGCAAAUCGGGAAACUGAGCACCGCCGAGAGUGACUCGAUGACACUCUCGACGCCUUCGGAACCAGUCACUUCACGGGUGACCGCCCUUCGAUUUGAGGCACAUGCGGAAGUCGAUAGUCCUCUUUUGUAUUCUUUUGAGGACUAUGCUGCCCGACUCGUUCCUACGGUGGGUACUCAAGCUCAAGGACAAGACGUGUGUGCGACAUCUUCUCCGUCCGGCAGCGACAACUUAUCGUCUUCAAGUGGUUCUUCACGGGAUUCGGCGCGCGAGUUUAGCAUAGAGGUAUUGGACCCUCUCACGUCUGAGGACUUUGCAUGGCUUCCUCUCCCGACCACGGGUCGCCUGCCGGGACCGCAAUGCGCAACACUAUGCGCUCAUCUCCACACGUACUUAUCCUUCUAUGCACCACCAACUUUGUCGACGGAUGACGAAGUCGCGGUGGGGGACAUCCUUAAGUAUGUUACCAAGGUGGCCCGCGAGUUUCGCAUGCAGUGGUACGAUGACAACAAUGCAACGCUCAUGCAUGUCCGCAUCCAGGUUGGGAAAGCGUCCUGCAGCACUUUGCUGGAUAGCGGUGCGUCUCGCAAUUUCAUGAGCCAAACCUUUAUGCAAAGGGUUGGCCUUGGCGCACAAGUUCGGAGAAAGGCAAACCCGACGGCGAUCAAGUUGGCGGAUGGAAAGACGCAGCAACUUCUCGACCGUUACAUCGAGGCCGUACCGGUGUAUUUCGCACCUCAUGCAUGCGAACCGGUGACGUUCGACAUUUUGGACACGGACUUCGACAUUAUUUUGGGAAUGCCUUGGCUCGCAAGUGCGGAUCACAUGGUCAACUUCCAUCGGCGGACUCUUACCAUCCGCGAUAGUUUCGGCGCCGAAGUACCGUGUACUAUUCCUCUUUCGCACCCUUCGAUCCGGUGCCAAGUGGUGACGGCCAAAUCAUUCCGGGCGACUUGCGCUUACGAGCAACCCGAGGAAAUCGGCCUAUGUUUCCUACGGACUGUCGCGGUAGCUGACUCUUCACCUACGGAAGUGUCUUCGGACCCCCAGGUGGUGCGGUUGCUGGACGAGUUCGCCGACAUCUUCGAGUCACCUACCGGUGUGUUGCUGGAUCGACCGAUCUUUCACGAGAUCAUUCUUGAGGCCGGUGCCGUGCCACCGAAAGGUUGCAUCUAUCGGAUGAGCGAGGAGGAGCUUGAGGUCCUCCGCGCACAGCUCGACGAUUUGUUGGCCAAGGGCUGGAUCCGCCCUAGUAGCUCCCCAUAUGGAGCACCAGUUCUCUUCGUCCGGAAGAAGAACAAGGAUCUACGAUUGUGUAUCGACUACCGCAAGCUUAACACGCAAAUCGUCAGGAAUGCGGGGCCUCUUCCUCGCAUCGACGAUCUUCUUGAGCGAUUGGGCGGCGCGAAGUAUUUUUAUAAGUUGGAUUUGAAGUCGGGAUAUCAUCAAAUCUCGAUCCGGCAGAACGAUCGCUACAAAUCCGCGUUCAAGACGCGGUACAAACAUUUUGAGUGGGUGGUCAUGCCUUUUGGCCUCACCAACGCCCCGACGACCUUUCAAGCGGCAAUGACCAACGAGUUCUGUGCAAUGUUGGACCGGUUCGUGCUGGUCUACUUAGACGAUAUUCUCGUCUAUAGCCGGAUACUGGAGGAUCAUCUUGGGCAUCUUCAACGAGUAUUGGAGACGCUUCGCCGCGCCAAGUACAAGGCCAACCGCGACAAGUGCGAAUUUGUCCGGCAAGAGCUGGAAUACUUGGACCAUUUUGUCACACCGGAGGGCACCAGUCUGCUAUCGGACAAGAUUCAAGCCAUCCAAGAGUGGCCGGAGCCUCGGAACGUCACGGAUGUCCGUUCAUUCCUUGGCCUUGCCGGCUACUACCAACGUUUUAUCAAAGGCUACUCGAAGAUCGCGGCCCACUUGACCAAGCUUCAAUGUGAGGAUCGACCGUUUGACUUCGGAGAGGAGACGCGGGAAUCAUUUUUGGCUCUCAAAGCCGCGCUAUUAUCUGUGGAGGUCUUGCGCAUAUACGACCUGCUUUUGCCCUCAUGCGUCACAACGGAUGCGUCCGGCUAUGGCAUUGGUGCCGUCCUCGAGCAACACGAUGGCGUGGAUUGACACCCGGUCGAGUAUUUCAGCAAGAAAG